AUGCGUUUUCGCUCAUGGACGGAGUUUUCUUUGUUGAAAGAGCAAUCCAAAAUCCUCUCCAGUCGUAGCAGGCAAUACUCGCUAAAACUUGCUAAUGCAAUUUACAUACAAGAUGAAUUCCAUUUGACUGAACAAUAUCUCCAGAGCAGCCAAGAAUUCUUUGAUAAUGCUAUAAAAAAAGUGAACUUUCAAGAUUCUGUAUCGGCCGCCAAUAUUAUCAAUAAGUGGAUAGCUAAUCAGACCAAAGGUAAAAUCCAAAACUUGGUGACAAGUCAAUCUUUGAACGCUUUGACAAAGUUGGUUUUAGUGAAUGCCAUUUACUUCAAGGGGACAUGGAAAUAUAAAUUCAAUUCAGCGCAUACCAGACUGCUGAAAUUUGUCAAGCAAGAUGGCUGUGUUUCUGACGUACCAAUGAUGUACCAACAAGUGAUGAGCAGAUUUGGUUAUUUUACAGCUGGAAAAAUCAGUUAUCAGGUUGUAGAACUACCUUAUAUUGGGGACGAAGCCAGCAUAUUCCUGGCACUACCAGCAGAAGGAACUGAUUUAACAGAAUUGGAGAAACUUAUUACACCACAACUUAUCCAUAAUUGGUUUUCCACAAUGACAGAAGAAGACAUUGAGAUUAAUCUUCCAAGAUUUACAAUCCAACAAAGGUUAGAUUUGAAAGAGCCGUUUGGAGUCCUCAAUGUCACAGAAAUAUUUGGAAGUGAAUGUGACCUUUCUGGGAUCACAGAAUCAUCUGACUUGUACAUUUCUGAAGCAGUCCAUCAAGCAUUCAUUGAAAUAAAUGAAGAUGGGAGUGAAGCAGCAGCUUCAUCAGGUUUAUUAUUACUUGCAAUCAUGAGCCUUCCUCGACAUAAAUUUAUGGCAAAUCAUCCAUUUGUUUUUCUUAUACGUAGCAAUCUGACAGGUUCAAUAUUAUUCAUUGGAAGAGUAAUGGACCCUGAGGGGGUGAAUUCCUAUGGGAGAGAUAAGGAUGCACUAAGUGAAGAAGAUCUUUCAGAGCUGCUAACUUUUGAUCUCAGCGGUCCAUCUACAGCAAGGAACUCAGUUUCAGCCGGAAUAAAUGAACGAACUAUUGAAGUGCAGCCUCUUCAUCCAAUCAGCAAGGGAGGAGCUUUGAUUGACAGCUCCCUCCGGGAGCAGGUCGGCGCCGAAUCUCGCGAGAAGCGGUUUCCAGGGAAACGAGAACAGCUACAGAGCAGCUGGACCUGGGCUGAGAGCCCGCAGGAGGAGAGGGGGUGA